CACCACACCACCACACCACCACACCACCACACCACCACACCACUAUGGGCGGCAAGCCAUCUAAGCAGCACGUGGUGGAAGAUGUGGUCGCUCGCGAAGCCGAGGACAUUGCCCGCAAGGAGGCAAUGCUGCGUGGGAUGGUGAGCGAGGACGGGACGAGCAUGGUGGUCCGCGACAUACCGGCAGAUGUGUGCACUCGUGACGGCAUCGAGGCGCUGCGGAGGGUGCUGGCGGACGGACUCGCGCUGGAAAAGGUAGUCAUCGAAGGGUGCAACAUCGGCGUUGUAGGUGCACGUAUGAUCGCACGCUUGCUCUUGGAUGUCGGGUGGAUCGAGCUCUCGCUGGCGAGGAAUCAUCUCGGCGUCGAGGGCACCACCGUUCUGGCAGAGGUGCUCAAGGGCAACAGCGUUCUGGAAGUCCUCUCACUCGCCGGCAACUCGGUCGGACUCGCCGGUGCAAGUGCCCUUGCCUCGCUCCUCGAGUCCAACCGCUCGCUCCGGGUCCUCGACCUCGGCGAGACUGAUCUCCGCGAAGAGGGCAUGGCCGUCCUGGCGCCGGUCCUCGCCCAGAACCGGUCGAUCGAGUCACUCGACCUCUCCAAAAACGACAUCGGUAACGACGCCGGCGUCCAUGCCGUCGCCGACAUUAUCCUGGGCAACACGACGCUGACGUCGAUGUCGCUCGCCUCCAACUCGAUCAAGCGCACCGGCUGCCUCGUUCUCCUCGAGGCUCUCCGCCAGAACCACUCGCUCACCUCGGUCGACAUGGCCGGCAAUGCCAAGACCGACGGCGGCGCUGAACUCCUCGCCGACCACCUCAAGGUCAACGCCACUCUUGGCGACUCGUUGUUCUGAGCACCCGUACAUGCCUAUCUGCCUGCCUGCCCGCCUGCCUGCCCGCCACCCGCCUUUAUCGCACACGUCUCCCCUAUCCGAUACACAUCAACCCACCUCUGCGCCA